AGUAGGAACAGCUCUCCAACACACACCUGUUCUCAAAACAUAUUGAAACAUUAACACAAAAUCGUUAGUUUUUGACAAUUCUGAAUAGUACAAAGUGAACCACCAGUUUUGUUAACGUUCGAAGACUACAUGCAAACGUGGGCAAGUGAAAAUCUUCAUUUCAACAUUUGUUUUCAAGUGAUUUAUCCCAAAGUUUCGUUCUGUUUACAUCCGAGUUUUUCCACCAGUCACGGUCAGCCGUAGACCUGUACCACCAAAGGAAAAUGUUAAUAGGUAUCUAUUACACCGUAAAGUGAUAAAGACACUCAUCUUUGAUACCAAAUGAAUGUUAAAUACGAGGAACAUACAACAUAUUACAUAAGUGAAUAAAAUGGGUGGAAAAGAGAUUACUCUGAAGGAUGUAUAUUUACUGAUGCAAAAUAUAAAUACGAAUUUAUCAGAAAAAAUUGAAAAAGUGGAACAGUCAACCCAAUCCCUUUGUAAAGCACUACAAAUUGGAGUAUCGAUCGUGAAAGAGGAGGUACAGAUACUCCAAGAAGAGAAUAAGCAACUGAAAAGCAAAUUAGAAAAAGUUGAAAAGAGACAAAAACAUAACAACUUAGUAUUUUAUGGAAUAAAAGAGGAGGCAAGUGAAAAUCAGCAUUCCCUGUUAGAAACCAUAGUUGAAAUAACAGAACAAAAAUUAGAAAUUGAACUGAAAAAGAGUGACUUCAACGAUAUUUUCAGAUUAGGAAAAAAGUCUGGAUCUCAGUCAGGACAUAAUAGACCUAUAUUGGUUUCCUUAAUAUCUCAUAUAAAACGACAGGAAAUCUUGAGAAGUGGGAAAAAAUUCAAAAGUACAGGAAUAUUUGUAGCCGAUGAUCUCUCUGACUCGGAGAGAAAGGAAAGGAAAAUUCUUAUAGAAGGACUGAAGGAAGCUCGGAACAAUAAUAAAAAGGCAAGCAUCAAGGGAAAUAAACUGAUCAUUGAAGGAAAGGAAUACACAGCUAGUAAUAUACCACAUGCUGAACAGAGCACAAGCACAGAUUACUUCUCACCUCCUUCACCCAGAAAAUCGACAAGCGCUCCAACAACACCUUCUCCCAAGGAAAUAGAGAUAGAGGAAGAGGAAGAAGAAAUAGAAGAAGAAAACAACCGACCUGCAAGUAUAAUACCAGUGAAACCCCAAGCAGAUAAAAAAAAAGAAGAAAUCAAGCUAAAAGCGAAAACAACGUCCACAAGCUCCAGCGGAGAAACUCCAAAAAAAUUAACAAGAUCCAAUUCAAGACCAUUCAAGAAGUGA